AUGUUGAAUCCUGAUGCUGCAAGUCUGCUGGAAGGUGAUCAGCAUCACACUUUGGUCCUCGUGGGAGUGACUGGUGAUGGGAAGAGCUCUACAGGAAAUGCAUUGUGUGGACAGGCUGUGUUUCCAGUUUCUGGCGGUCUUCAUUCAGAAACGCAGGAACUGGCACACGCAGAUUACCUGCGUAGCGGCAGCUUCUGGAGAAUCAUUGACACGGUCGGCUUGAAUGACACGGGUCUCUCCCAAAAGGAGGUGCUAGAUCGGUUCUCCACCUUCGCUGAAGCAGCGGCCGAAGGAAUCAGCGUCUUCCUGUUCGUCGUGCGCUGGGGCCGCUUCAAACCUGAGCAUGACGAGGCCCUUGCGGCGUUUGCCGCGAACUGCGGUGAGACAGCGCUGCGUCACACUAUGCUCGUCUUCACCCACUGCGAGCUGAGCGAUGAGGCGCUGGUGCGGCAACUCUCGGACCCGUCCACCCCGUUGUCCCUGUCGCGGUGGCUGCAGCGUAUUGGCGGUGGUGCUGUGGGAAUAGACAAUGCCGAUGGUGCAACUGCAAGGACCCGUCUUCAGAAGGCAAUUGAGAGUGUGGUGACAAGCACUGGCGGCCUACGGUACGACAAUCAGGCUCUCGUGCAGGCGCGGGAACAGCUAAAAGAAGCAGAGGAGGCUGAGAGACAAGCAUUCGCAGCUGCCGUGGCUGAAUGGAGACGCGGUACUGGCCCCGUGGUCAUUGAAAGAGAGCCCGGUGUGAUAACACGCCCGCCCGGUGUGGAGUGA